CGGUGCGGAAGUAGCCUGGUGUUGAUUUCGCGGAGGUCACUUGGUUUUCGACAGCCUGUUUCAACAGACCUGUGAUGACAAGAACGUUCUUGCAACAUAUCUGGGAUAUAAAAGCGAGCGUUUCCGCCUUCUUUCUGUAGCGCAGCAGUCUCGCGGUCCGCGGCUCCUCGUCUCCUCAUGUCCGGGUCCAAGUGCACUCGCCUCAAUGGAGCGCUGGUCCGGCAGCUGCUGGACUCGGUGGACAGCGUCCUGUUCGACUGUGACGGGGUGAUCUGGCGUGGAGACCAAGCGAUCCCCGACGCUCCUCGAGUCAUCAACCUGCUGAAGGAGAACGGGAAGAGGGUCUUCUUUUUGACCAACAACAGCUCCAAGACCAGGAAGAUGUACGCGGAGAAGAUGACCGCGCUGGGCUUCAACGUGACGGAAGACGAAGUGUUCGGGACCGCUUACUGCUCCGCCGUCUACCUGAAGACGGUGUGUCAGCUGCAGGGGAAGGUCUACCUCCUGGGCAGCAACGCUAUGAAGCAGGAGCUGGAGACGGUGGGCAUCCAGCAGACUGGGGUGGGACCGGACCCUGUCUUUGGGAAGCAGAGUGACUGGGCCAACGUGCCCCUGGACCCCGAGGUGAAGGCGGUGCUGGUGGGUUUCGAUGAGAACUUCAGCUACAUGAAGCUGAACAGAGCCAUGCAGUAUCUGACCCGGCCCGACUGUUUGUUUGUGGGUACAAACCGGGACAGCAGACUGCCUCUGGAGGAGGGCAAGGCAGUCCCAGGCACGGGAUGUCUGCUGCACUCAGUGGAGUUUGCGGCUCAGCGUCAGGCUCAGACGGUGGGAAAACCCAACCACUUCAUGUUCGACUGCCUGUCGGCCCAGUUCGGCGUGGACCGCAAGCGCUGCAUGAUGGUGGGCGACCGCCUGGACACGGACAUCAAGUUCGGCCACAACUGUGGACUGAAAACCCUGCUCACCCUCACGGGGGUCAGCAACCUGGAGGAUGUGGAGAGCCACCACAGUAGCGGCUGUGUGGAGAGACAAGCCAUGGUCCCAGAUUACUACGUGGACAGUAUUGCUGACCUCCUGCCUGCGCUGCAGGGUUGAUGGCUGCUAUGGACUUGCUUUCUCCCUGCUGGUCAACACUGCAACUCUCAGAGAUUAUUAAGAUUGUCAGAGAGUCACUGUGCUCUUUGGCAUUUUUAUUUUAAACAAGGUAUAUGUCUGCAUUGUUGAAAGCUCCAAGGAAUACUAUUAUUUUUGGCAACACCAGACUUUUUUUUAUUUUCCUUCUGAUUAUUUACAGUCCCCAAUCACGCCACAGUCACACCAGUGGACAUAUUAUGUUCAGUUUGGGAGCGACACCUAGUGGUGCCAAGCACUGACCUCAACACAGUCCUCAUACUCCAGUGUUCAUUUUACUGAUCUGCAUUUAUGUGUGCUUUGUCAUGAUGUCCUAUUAAAGUGCUACAUGAAUUGCA